UGGUUGUUGUUGUGGUUGCCCGCUUAAAAUACAUCUUUCGCAAUAACUCUGGCAGGAGAGCAGAGGCGGUGAAUUAGGAAUUUCACGGAAUCAGAUAGCAGAUUUUUAUAUCGUUGGUAAACAUGCAGGCGAGUGAUAGGUUUAACAUUAAUUCCCAGCUUGAGCAUCUCCAAGCUAAAUAUGUUGGCACUGGGCAUGCUGACUUGAAUCGAUUUGAGUGGGCGGUGAAUAUCCAGCGUGACAGCUAUGCUUCGUAUGUUGGCCACUACCCCAUACUUGCGUACUUUGCCAUUGCAGAAAAUGAAUCAAUAGGAAGAGAACGUUACAAUUUUAUGCAGAAAAUGCUGUUGCCAUGCGGUCUUCCCCCUGAAAGAGAAGAAGAUUAGUUGGCAUAUUUAGAUUGUCAAAUCAAGCAUUCCUGAUUGUGCUCUCUUACUGUUGAGGGAUUAUAUUGUCAUGAUAUUUUUUAUUUACAUGAUAUCUCUGGUGUUGCUUUUAUGAACAAGCCAUGGCUUCGAUAAAUUAAUCCAUGACUUCCUUGACACCAUCACUCCAAAUCUCUUAUAGUAGAUUUAGAGGUGUAAUUUUAGUAGUAAGUUUGGAUAUAUAAUACUCUUUGCUCAUUAAGUAGUAUAUCUUAUU